UUAAAAGUCAGUCGAGCUGUAGAUUUUCUACACAUCAGACAUUUUAACAAAUUCGUCUAAAUUUUUUCAGUUACUUUUUGGCGUUAAAAUUGUUUACCUGCUCAAUAAAAAUGAAGUUUUCAAAGCUCGCAAUUCCAUUCCGAACUUCAGGAAAUCAGCUGCUAAGAAACUUUACAAAUCAGAGGGCCGGGAAAGCACUCAUCACUGUACCAAAAAUUGAAAUCGCAGAUGGAAAUAUUCUUUAUUUGCUGAUGUCCAUUUACAUACACGGGGAAACGCUCUAUUCGAGGACAAUCGUGCGUGGACAGAAUGCGAAAAAUCAUGUUAGGGUAUACGAUCGUGUACGAAACGAAAUGGAGAGUCUCGGACUAUGUACUAAGGCGUUGGGCGGUGGCAUGAUGGACAUCGAUGAAGCGGCACGUACAAUGAAAAUUUACGGUAAAUGCAAGACCUUUGGAAGAGCAAAUCAUUAUAAAACUAAGGAAAUAAUGAGAGAAUCGCAAAAUUACAAAGAUUAUAAAAUUACUUUGGACCGAUAAUUUAAUGAGGCUGAACUUGGAAUAAAAAUGAGAACAGAAGUACAAAAUGUA